GACUGUGUUGACCUCGAAUCUCGAGYCUCGAGUUUACUUUUUGGUGCAAGUUCCAUGGCAAUUCCCGCUCUUUCUCCUUCACUACCUCAUUCUGAAGAUCGAGAAGAAGAAGAUCCAGUUUCUCCCGCUCAAGACCCUAAUUCCAUGGACCAACAACAACCAGAAGAUGGAGGAGAAGAAGUAGCAGUACAAGAACAAAAUCAGUCUGAUCGGCGGCAAUCUCCUGAAACCCUAGCCCUAGAACCACCCGAUCCCCAACAGAACUCCCCCCAAGCAGAACCGCAAGAUCUAGAACUCCAGCUUAAUGAAAGCUUCAUCAGUGACCACGAUCCUAGCGACCAAGUUGGGUCUACUGCCCUCUCUCCUCGAAUCUCCGAUACCUACGCGUCUGUUUCCUCCGUUACUAUGUUUCGCCGGGGUUCGAAGCGGAAGAAGUUUUCGAAGAAACGGAGAUUCCUUCAGGAGAAAUCUCAGAAGAAGCUUCAAAUUCUGGUCGAUACCUUUAAACCCAUUCCCUUUGUGCCUGCUAAAAAUCUGGACUUCUCGACUCACGAGAGGCUAUUGAAGCGAUUGGGAUUGUGGGAUUUUGUUCAUAUUAAGUUUGAUAGGUCUCUUCGACAUGACCUCCUUCUGCAGUUAGUUGCAAAUUUUAGCAACAGCCAAAGGUGUAGUUACGUCAAUGGGAAUAGAAUCGGGGUCAAUCGCGCUGAUUUAGCUCGUGCCUUGGGGUUGCCGGUGAAGAAACCGACGGUAGUGGAUGGCGAAGAAGAUUCUAGUGCAACAGAGGAAUCGAUCGCUUUUAUUGAGGAUUUUGUGUCCAACUGGUUGCUCUUACACGAAGAUAUGUGGAUGAUGCCCAAUGAGGUAAUGAAUUGGACAAAGGUGAUCAAGGAUGGAAACUUUGUGCGGGUUGAUUGGGCUGGUUUGAUUUGGUUUAUGGUGGAGAAGGAGUUGAUGCAAUCUCCGCAGUUGGUGAAUUGUUAUUAUGCUUCACAUUUGCAGUGUUUGAUCCGGUCUCAACGGGAGGAUUUAUUGAAGGAAGAAGAGCCUAAGGUAGAAGAGUUGGAACCGAAGGAGGAGGUGGAGCCGGAGCCGGAGCCAGAGCCAGAGCAAGAACAAGAACGGGAACGGGAGGAAGAACAGGACGAUGAAGAUGAGGUUUGUAACGAGAGACUAGAGACAGUAGGAAACGAUGAUGCUGUGGUAAAUAAAUUGGAGGAACACAAUAUUGAAUUGUGCCUUGGGCAAGACAAUUUUGAGAAAGUUGAUGUUCAAAAGGAGAAAUCCAGUAUUGGGGAUAUGAUGGAUUUAAUGGAAAGCAAAGAAGAACAACAAGGUCAAUGGCUUUUGGAUGGAAAGGAUAGAGUCCCGGAGCUUCUGUUAAGGAGGUGUAAUACAAAUGAACUUAAUGAAGUUGAUUUUGGAGAGGAAAAGAAAGCAGCAUUAGAAGAAGGGGAUGAUCAAGGAAAAGAAGAAGAGGAGGAGGAAGAAGAAGAGGAGGAAGAAGAAGAGGAGGAAGAUCAGGAAGGUGAGUUCCGCCUGUUGCCAAGGAGCAAUCCUAUUGAUGGAUUUUCUUCAGGCCAGUUUAUUCAAGAAAUGGAGACAGAGCCAAUUACUUUUAACUCGGAAUUUGACUUACACGGUCAUUCAUCUGUUGAAUUUAUUCAAUCCAGAGAUGAUGGCAGAAUGAGUUCUGGUGGAUGUAUACCUUUCGGUAAUAGUAACAAGAGACUGAUUGACCCUGAUAUUGAUAACCCAGGUCAAUCUCUCAAUGGUGGGAACAAGAGGUUAAGGAGCGACGGUCCUCUUGACUAUGAUAAGUGUAUGGAUAACGUACAACAGUGGCUUGAUAAAGCUAGGAUGAUGUAUGCAGAGAAGGAACAGGCUCAUCAGCAAUCCACUAUGAAUCAGCAAUACUUGCUUCACGAGCUGCAGCAGAGAGAGACCUUUAUUGAACAUUUGAGAAAGGCAAAGUUUGAGGAGCAACAGAAGAUGCAGUCUGAUAUUUACCGGCUUGAGCGCGAGCUCUAUGUGAUGGGCAAUUUAUUGGACGGCUACCGAAAGGCAUUGAAGGAAACGCACAAAGCAUUCGAAGAAUAUAGAGCCCAAUGUCCACAAUCAGAUGAACCACUUUACAAAGACGUCCCUUGUUCUGGAGGCCUUGUCCUCAGCACCAUGGAACUGGAAAAGAUGCAACUGAAGCAGGCAGAGGAGGAUAGACUAAACCGCUUAGUUAUUGAAAAGAAGUUCAAAGCCUUGGAAGACAAGUUUGCUGAUGUAUUUGAAGCACAUCUUCAGGAGGUUAGUGUACUGGAAAAUAGACUGCUAGAUGUUGGAAAUGAAGUGAAAACUGUGAGGGAGUCACUCGCAAAUAGGAAAGCGAAAGAUCCUGAAGCUUCCGGACCCAUUUCAAAUGAAUGAUGCAAUCCCCGGAGGACUCACUGUGUAUAGUUAACUUCUUGUGAAUCAUGACUAGGCUGCUUCAUUGGUGUUCUUUCUUAGUUUUGUCUCUGCUUGUGCAGACUCACAGAGGAAAGGUAGUCCAUUUUUAUCUUAUCAGUAGAUUACGGUUCUUGUAAAAGUGAAGGACGUUAUGUUUCUCUUUUUACACCAUAUGAUGAGCUUUCAAAGCUUUCCUGCUUGCUCUCAACUCUUUCGUAAUUAUCAAGAUGCUGCUUGUUAGUCAAAUUUAAUUCUGAUGGAUUGUUCAAUAUUGGAGAAUUAUCAAACCUUCUUCUUUUAA